AUGGGGAGAUUCCAGGACUCUCGGGUCCUCUGCUGGCUGUCGGGUGUUAAUAGGGAGUUAGGAGGACCCUGUCACCACACCCUACCACUCAGAUUGUCUCUGUCCUACUCAUGGCUCUGGGACUCCAGCCCAGGGUGGUCACUUGAGGCACAAGUGACGUCUCCCCUCUGUCUCCCAACAGUGGAGAAGCUCCGGGCUGCCUUCACUGUCCUCCGGGCCUUCGGCUGUGUGUCCACCGACCACAGCCGCAGGGCCACCCGCUUUGCCAUGGUGACAUCCUUGGACUUCAAUGCCACGGGCCGAGUCACAGCCGCUCAGCUCCAGACAAUGCUUCUGGAGAACAGCCGUGUGGCCCGGCAGCCCCAAGGGGAAGGCAACUUUGAAGUGUUCUCUCAGCUGCUCGCUGGGCUGGAUGUCGAUCUCAGGACGGAGCUGAACCUGCACCAGAUGGCUGAGAGCAGUGCCUUCGGUAUGGGCGUGUGGUCCCAGCCUGAAGACAAGCAGAAGGCCGCAGCCGCGUUUUCCCAGCUCCGGGGCGCCAUGGAGCUGCUGGGCAUCGCGGAGGAGGAGCAGCGAGCCAUCUGGCGGGUGCUGGCAGCCAUCUACCACCUGGGUGCAGCAGGCGCGUGCAAAGGUAUGGUGGGUCCUCCUGCCAGCUGUCCUCUGAUUGGCCGGAAGCAGUUCAUGCGGUUUGAGUGGGCCAGCCACGCUGCCGAGGCCCUGGGCUGUGACUACGAGGAGCUGAAUACGGCCACCUUCAAGCACCACCUGCGGCAGAUUAUCGAGCAGAUGACAUCAGGGCCACAGCGCCAGGGCCUGGAGGCCAACGACGCCUGCUCAGGGCUCAAGAUGACGGGUGUGGAGUGUGUGGAGGGGAUGGCCUCCGGCCUGUACCAAGAGCUCUUCGCGGCUGUGGUCUCUCUCAUCAACAGAUCUUUCUCCUCCCACCAUCUGUCUAUGGCCUCCAUCAUGGUGGUCGACUCUCCCGGCUUUCAGAAUCCUCGGCACCAGGGCAAAGACCGGGCGGCCACCUUCGAGGAGCUGUGUUACAAUUACGCCCAGGAGCGCUUACAGCUGCUGUUCUACCACAGGACCUUUGUCUCGACUCUGGAGAGAUACCAAGAGGAAGGCAUUCCUGUUCACUUUGACCUCCCAGAAUCCUCUCCAGGAACUACGGUGGCUGUUGUGGAUCAUAACCCCUCCCAGGUCCACUUCCCAGCUGGAAGAGGGGCUGAGGAUGCCAGGGGCCUCUUCUGGGUCUUGGAUGAAGAAGUCCGGGUGGAAGGGUCCAGUGACAGUGUGGUACUUGAGCGUCUACGCACAGCCUUUGAGAAAAAGGCGGCUGAGGCUGAUGGUAAGGAGGCAGGGGCUGAGCGCCCCCCCGUGCUGCGGACCUGCGAGCAGCCCCUUCAGUGCGAGCUAUUCCACCAGCUGGGACGGGACCCUGUGCGCUAUGACCUCACGGGCUGGCUUCGCAGAGCCAAGCCCAACCUCUCAGCCCUGGAGGCCCCCCAGGUCCUGCAGCAGUCACAAAGGGAGGAGCUGCAGAACCUCUUCCAGGCCCGGGCCAAGCUGCCCCCUGUGUGCCGUGCGGUGGCAGGGCUCGAGGGGACCUCUCAGCAGGCUCUGCACCGGGGGUGUGUGGUGAGGAAGGCUUUCGCAAGCAGCACUGCGGCCCUGAAGAGGAAGGCCCCCUGUGCCCAGAUCAAGCUGCAGAUGGAUGCUCUCAUCAGCUUGCUGAGCCGAUCUCAGCUGCACUUCAUCCACUGUCUUGUGCCGACCUCAGGGAAAAGCAAGACUGAGCAGGCGACUCCAUCACCACCACAGCUUGGUGGAGACCAAGGUGGAGCCAACGAGUCCCCAGCUCUGGACAUCCCGGCAUUGAGGGUUCAACUCGCAGGUUCUCAUAUUCUAGAGGCAUUACGGCUGCACAGGGCAGGUUACGCUGAACACAUGGGGCUCGCUCAGUUCCGCCGUCGGUUCCAGGUGCUGGACCCUCCACUGCUGAAGAAGCUUGACUUGACCUCCGAGGGACUGGAUGAGAGGAAGGCCGUGGAGGAACUCUUGCAGACCCUGGAUCUGGAGAAGAAAGCAGUGGCCGUGGGGCACAGCCAAGUUUUCCUCAAGGCAGGUGUGGUUUCCAGGCUAGAGAGACAACGAGAGAAGCUGGUGUCCCGGAACAUCGUUCUCUUCCAAGCCGCUUGCAGGGGUUUUCUGUCUCGCCAGGAAUGUAAGAAGCUGAAGAUCCGGAAGCUGGCCACACAGUGCAUCCAGAAGAACCUGGCUGUGUUCCUGGAGGUCAAGGACUGGCCAUGGUGGGGGCUUCUGGCAUCUCUCCGGCCCCUGCUGAGUCCCACCCUUAGCAUGGAGCAGCUUCGAGCCAAGGAGGAGGAGCUAACGCUGCUGAGGCAGAAGCUGCAGAAGUCGGAGAAGUCGAGAAGUGAGCUCAGACAAAACACGGACCUGCUGGAGAGCAAGAUCACAGACUUGACCUCAGAGCUUGCUGAUGAACGCUUCAAAGGUGACGUGGCCUGCCAGGCACUGGAGAGUGAGCGGGCAGAGCGGCUUCAGGCGCUCCGAGAGGUUCAGGAGCUCAAGGCUAAGUACCAGCAAGUGCAGGAAGCAUUGGGGGAAGUACAGAAGCAGCUGGAGGAAGCACAGCAGAAGAGUCAACUGGUCAACCUUGAAGAGAAGCACGCAGGAGGUGCGGAUGAGUGGCAGAUGCGCCUGGACUGUGCUCAGAUGGAGAAUGACUUCCUGCGCAAGCGCCUUCAGCAGUGUGAGGAGAGACUGGACUCAGAGAUGAAGGCCCGGACGGAGCUGGAGCAGAAGCUCGGGGAGCUGCAGAGCGCUUACGAAGAGGCCAAGAAGACGGCCCACCAACUGAAGAGGAAGUGCCACCACCUCACCUGGGACCUGGAGGACACGCGGGUGCUGCUGGAGAACCAGCAGAGCAGGAACCAUGAGCUGGAGAAGAGGCAGAAGAAGUUUGACUUGCAGUUGGCCCAGGCACUGGGGGAGUUGAUGUUCGAGAAGACCCUCAGGGAGAAAGUGAACCAGGAGAACAGCGGAGUGCGCUGGGAGCUGGGCCAGCUACAGCAGCAGCUGGAGCAAAAGGAGCAGGAAGCCUCGAAGCUGAAGCAGGAGGUGGAAAAGUUACAGGGCCAGAAGCAGGAGCUGCUGGGCUGCGCCUCUGUCGGGGAACAAGGUGUGGCCAGCCUGAAAGAGAGGGUCUGGGAGCUGGAGUCCAAUGCCCUUGAGCAAGAGAAGGUUCACAGCCAGCAAAAAAACACCAUUAAGCAUCUGGAGCAGCUUCGCCAGCGGUUUGAGUUGGAGAUUGAAAGGAUGAAGCAGAUGCAUCAGAAGGACCGAGAGGACCAGGAGGAAGAGAUGGAGGACGUGCGUCAGUCCUGCCAGAAGCGGCUCCAUCAGCUGGAGAUGCAGUUGGAGCAGGAAUAUGAGGAAAAGCAGGUGGCUCUCCAUGAGAAGCGUGAUUUGGAAGGCUUGAUUGGAACCCUGUGUGACCAGAUUGGCCAUCGUGACUUUGAUGUAGAAAAGCGUCUCCGCCGGGACCUCAGGAGGACGCACGCUUUGUUGUCUGAUGUUCAGCUCCUUCUGGCCACCAUGGAGGAUAGCAAGACGUCCGUCAGCAAGGAAGAACUGGAGAAGGUGCACAGCCAGCUGACGCAGAGUGAGGCCAAAUGUGAGGAUGCCUUGAAGACCCAGAAGGUGCUGACUGCGGACUUGGAGAACAUGCACAGUGAGCUGGAGAAUGUGACCCGGAGCAAGAGCCUGGUGGAUGAGCAGCUGUACCGACUGCAGUUUGAGAGGGCAGACCUCCUGAAACGCAUCGACGAGGACCAGGAUGACCUGAACGGCCUCAUGCAGAAGCACAAAGACCUCAUUGCCCAGUCUGCUGCUGACAUCGGGCAGAUUCAGGAGCUGCAGCUGCAGCUGGAAGAAGCCAAGAAGGAGAAGCAGAAGCUGCGGGAGCAGCUGCAGGUGGCACAGCUGCGUAUCCAGUACCUGGAGCAGUCCACCGUGGACCGCGCCAUCGUCAGCAGGCAGGAGGCUGUCAUCUGUGACCUGGAGAACAAGACGGAGUUCCAGAAGGUGCAGAUGAAGAGAUUUGAGGUCCUAGUAAUCCGGCUUCGGAACAGCCUGAUCAAGAUGGGCGAGGAGCUGUCCCAGGCAGCCAAGUCAGAGGCCCAACAGCGGGAAAACAGCCAAUAUUAUCAGCGGCGCCUGGAGGAGCUAAAGGCAGAGAUGCAGGAACUGGCCCAGCGGGAAGAGGAGGCUGGCCGUCGCUGCAUGGAGCUGGAGAAGUAUGUGGAGGAGCUGGCCGCUGUGAGGCAGACAUUGCAGACAGACCUGGAGACGUCCAUCCGGCGCAUCGCGGACCUGCAGGCAGCGUUGGAAGAGGUGGCAUCCAGCGAUAGUGACACAGAAAGUGUCCAGACGGCCGUGGACUGUAGCAGCCGCAGCAGAAAAGAGGAGGACAAUGUCUCUGUCGUCAGCUCCCAGCCAGAAGGCAGUCUACGGUCCUGGAUGAGCUGUUCCCUGUCCCUAGCCACAGAUACCGUGAGGACCCCCUCUCGACAGUCAGCUGCCAGGAGCCCUCUCGUCAGCCCCAGGUCACCUGACAAGCCCCUGCUCCUGAUACCCGUGAGGCGGGCAUGGGCAAAGCUUGGGAUGCUCUACAGCCCUGUGGAUGAUCUGUGGGUGGGAUCCCCUGAGGCAGCUCACCAGCCUGGCUUCUGUGUGAAGGACUGGCACCUACUGGAGCAGCAGAAGGAACUACAGACAAGGCUGGCAGCCAUCCUACCUCACUGCAUCCAUGCCUGUUUCACUCCGGUGUCCACACUGUCAAGUCAGGAAUGA